AUUUUAUGGCGGAAUUGAAGAAAAUGAUGAUGGUGGACGUGGACUUGGGCAAAACGAAGGAAUUGAUAUUUCUGAAAGACUAAUUCACGACUGAACCAAAGAGAAUUAGCUUCAAAGACUCCAUCUUCGAUUUCUCGAUAAUUCCAAAGAAAAGGGGGAAAGAUGGAAAAAAUUCUGAGUUUUUUGUUUAUUUGAAAGGUGACGGAAGGCGUGCAGAUUCUGCUUUGAAGCAUCACGAUAGAAAAAGGUAGUGGAAAUCUAAUCAUACAGAGAAUAAUGGCACUAUGGAGGGCGGAGUACUAAUUUAGGGAGCAAUUUGGAGCACAAAAUGGGCAGAGAAGUAGAAGAAGAAGAAGAGAAGUGGUCGCCACCGCCGCUGCUAGAGCAUAAGAAUCGGUCUCUGAGGAGUAAAGCGGCGCACUUUGUAUCUGAUCUUACCACCGUCAUCCUCAAUCCAAUCUCCGAUAAGCCCUCCAAACGCAAACCUAGACCGCCGCCGGUACCUGAAGAUGGAUCAGAUUCUGAGGGAAGUAAACUGGAGUUGGAUGAGGGGGAGCCUGGGGAUAUAGUUAACGGUCCUGAUACGUCCUCAUUUACUGCAUUCCUGUAUUCCCUACUAUCGAAUUCAGAGCCUGGUAGUCACUCUAGUUUGAAUGGGAACAAUGAGAAGCAAGAUGAUAAAGCUGAACCAUCUGAGCCACCGGUGAAGGAACCUAGCAGAAGGAGAAGUUUUAUCACGAGGGGCAAACAGACGAUAGGCAGGGCGGUUUACCAAGUUGCUAGAUUGGGUGGAUUCCGGAAUCAGGGAUCAAGCAAGGGAAACUCUGACAUGGGGAUUGAUGAUGGAAGUAAUUCCAAAGUUGAUAGACCUGAGGGAAUCCUUAAGCAAGAUAAGAAUGAGGAAGUGCCUUCAAGCAAUCUUCCUGAAACUUCUGAACCCUCGUUGCUUCUCUCAGAGAAGACACGAACAGCUCUUUACACUGCACUUCCAGCACUUGUUAAGGACCGGAAAUGGGUGAUGCUCUAUAGUACAUGGAGGAAUGGCAUAUCACUUUCCACUUUGUACAGGAGAAGCAUGCUAUGGCCUGGCCUCAGUCUUCUGGUUGUAGGAGACCGUAAGGGUACUGUAUUUGGUGGGCUAGUUGAGGCACCUCUAAGGGCAACAACUAAGAGAAGAUAUCAGGGAACGAAUGCUUCAUUUGUUUUCACGAAUGUAUCAGGUCAUCCUACUAUAUUUCGUCCUACAGGCAUGAAUCGCUAUUAUACUAUGUGCUCCACAGAGUACAUAGCCUUGGGCGGUGGUGGUCAUUUUGCUCUCUACUUGGAUGGGGAUCUCCUGACCGGAUCAAGUGCAGCUUCACAAACCUAUGGAAACUCGUGCUUGUCAUGCAGUGAAGAUUUUGAAGUGAAGGAGGUUGAGUUAUGGGGUUUCGUAUAUGCUUCAAAGUACGAAGAGAUACUCUCAGUCCUGCGAACUGAGGCACCUGGAAUCUGCCGCUUUUGAACAUUGCUCAGGCAAGGCGUGCUGCAUUUCAGUUCGCGUUUUCUCAAAUAACCUCAACCGGGUGCAGAUGGUGCUCAUAGUUUGGCCAAGUUUUCAACCAUAAUGUAUAUAAUGAACAACUUUUGGGUUUGAAACUCUUUGAUCUUUGCUCAAUUCUUGCAAUAGAACCAAUUUUCUCAA